AUGGGUCCAUUCGAAAUCACCGCUACUGAAUUGCCAGAACGCACAAAACAAGUUGACCAGCCGAACCUAAUCCGCGUUUGCAAAAACGUGUUUGAUCUUUUCGCAAAGCCGAAGGCCGACUACUGCGCGAAGAGCUGUGGGCUUUGCUAUGAUACGUGCGCGGACAAGAGCGCCAGCUGCAAAAACUGGAAGGCGAACGGCUUCUGCGAGAACGCGCUCUACGACUCGAUCAAGAAGGACUACUGCUCGGCAACCUGCGGGCUCUGC